CUGGAGCGCUUCAUGGGAGAGAGGAGACUGAGGACUGACUGUGCCGUUUCCACAGAACUGGGUCGGAAUUGACAUGAAAAAAAGAGGCUAUUUUAUCUUGUUUGUCUUUUUUUUACUGGAGAAGGGAAUUGCUGUUUCUGCCUCCUGGCCAUCCCUACUGUGAUGAGCAUCAUUGACGUGUUUAAAGUACUCUCAGUCCUGAACUUCGGACAGUCCUGAGCUUCCGACUGUUAUUAUGGACACUCUUGAAGCUGAUGGAUAGUGUUCCACUGGAUGAUACCCAAAGAUCAGCAUUAUGAUGAAGCCGGAUAAGAGGAUCUGAACCCUGGUCAUGAAACCGCUUAUCAAUUUUAAGCCUAAAUUAGACUGAAUGUCAACUCUACCUGGAGACAGACUCAACUGAACUUUAUCCAGCGGUGAAGGCCACAAGCCUGCUGAGCUUUUCAUUUUUAUAUUUUUUUGGUGUUUAUUUUUGUACUAUCAGUUUUUUCAUCUGCCAUCAUCAUUCCUCACUUCCUCACCCGUCACCAUGACGACUCGGGAGACGUAGGUCAUUUCCGUUGGCGUCUCCUCGUCCGGCAUCUGGUCCUCAUGCGGGCCGAGGGCUGACAGCUGGCCGUUUCCGUCCCUCCAUCUUGACGUGUGUCUCGCGGCUUCCUCACCAUGAGGAACAAGGGGGCCAAGCAGAAGACCUCCAGGAAGAGAGGAGGGGCAGACCACGCCUUCGGCUGUGACCUCAUAGAGCAUCUCCAGGCAACUGGGCAGGAUGUUCCACAGGUUCUAAGGACGUGUGCUGAGUUCAUUGAGGAACAUGGAGUUGUAGAUGGAAUUUACAGACUCUCUGGAGUCACAUCCAACAUCCAGAGACUACGGCAGGAGUUUGUGACAGACUCGUGUCCUGACCUGACCAAAGAGAUCUACCUGCAGGACAUCCACUGUGUGGGGUCCCUCUGUAAGCUCUACUUCAGAGAACUGCCCAACCCGCUGCUCACAUACCAGCUCUACAAGAAAUUCACCGAUGCCAUGUUGGUGAAGGGUGAGAACGAACAGCUUCGCCACAUCCAGAGUGUGGUGAAGGAGCUUCCUGAAGCCCAUCUACGGACUCUGGAGUACCUCAGCAGGCACCUGUCCCACCUGGCGACCCUGAGCCAUCAGACCAACAUGCACGCCCGCAACCUGGCCCUGGUGUGGGCCCCCAACCUGCUCAGGUCUAAGGAUAUGGAGGAGGCCACGUCCUGCACAGGUGACUCUGCCUUCAUGGAGGUGCGCGUGCAGCAGAGCGUGGUGGAGUUCAUCCUCAAGCACACGGACCAGAUCUUUAACACCGGCUGCCCGGACUGGGACCUGGGACCGCCCAGAGAAGCUUCGGUGCCGACGGUGGCGGAGAAGUACGCUACACUUCCUGUUCCCUCCUCCACUACUUCCUGCGGCUCCCUGAAGCUCAUGUCCCUGGAGGAAGCACAGGCGCGGUCACUAGGCGCCAACCACCCUGCCCGGCAACGGGAGAACAGCCUCCCAGACACGCGAACGGCGGCCACACUCUACCACACCGUCAUCGACCUGUCUGAUAGCAAACGCAAGCUUUCCAGCAAAUCGUCAAAACGUUGGAAGUCGAUCUUUGGUAUUGGUCGCCCAAAGCUGAGCCGCAAUGGGAGUGUGCUCGUGAGAGCCCAAGACAACGAGAAAGCUGCAAUCCGUCCAUCCAAGAGUAUGGACUCCAUCUGCUCCCUCUCCCCAGAUGACAACAUGCCCUCAUCUGGCAACAGUGGGGUAGGUGGUUCGGGGGGAGGGGCUUGCAAUGGCCUGCCAAUCAAAUCCCGGACCCUGGGCUCAGAGGCAGACUUCAGCCUGUCAGACGAGAACCUUAAAGUGUGGGGCUUCAGUCCCAAGAGCCCAAAGAGAAGUGUGUCAUCAACUGGAGGAUCGCCGACGAGCAGCGCGACUGCCUCAGCUUCAGGACCAGCAGCGACCGCUUCACAGAAGGCCCUGCCAGAGCAGCUCAAGGUCUUCAAAGGGGAUGAAGCUUCUGGCUCCUUCCGGCCGACCUCUCCCAAGAACCGACGCAUGCUCUUCUCAAGUUCCUCCCAUCACAACUCAGGGGGAGGGGCGACUGUGGUUGGCUCUGCACCUCAUCUUUCCUUCUUCCCGCUGGAGUCCCCUUCCUUGUCGCCGCGGCACCAGCGGAAAGCUUUAAACAUCUCAGAGCCGUUUGCUGUCUCAGUGCCGCUGCGGGUGUCUGCUGUGAUUAGUGCCAACAGCACCCCCUGCCGGCCAGGUGGCGCCGGUGCAACUAGUCUUCACCCAAACCCGCCCAGUCUGAACCCAAACCCAAGUGUUAAACCUGCCAAAGUGUCUAGCUCCUCUGAACCUGGUUACUCAGGGGGACAGAAUACAACUGAUAUCAGUUCAGGCUCACAACCCAGCCCAACCAAGGAAGGGGGCGAGAGCCUGAAACCACAGUCAAAUGCCAGCAGGAUGCCUGCCAGCGGUGUUGCAGUUGACAGUCUAGCGGCAGCUUCCUGUCCCAUUAGUGUCAGACAGGAAGAGGGCGCAUGCCGUCCAGAUAAAGGAGCAGAUCGUGAUGGCCGGGCAGCUGGCCGUCACCCAGCGGAAUGUCUUCUACCAGGACUGGAGGACAUUUUAUCCAACAUGGAGGCUAUUCCCUCUCAGAACCACAACCCUAAGAUUCAGGGUGAAGGUUCCAUUCCAGAACCCCGUGCUUGUGUUCCAGGCGAUGGUGCCUCCAAUGAGAACCUCGAUCCUAAAGUCACCAAAGUCCAUAGUCCAUCUACAACUGGUCCAUCUAGACCUGGUCCAUCUUCGCCUGGUCCAUCUUCGCCUGGUCCAUCUUCACCAGAUUCAGUCAGACCUGGAGUAGCAGUGUCACCAACCCUGGCCCAGAAAGCUGAUAUUACAUCCAACCCUGGCAUCGAUCGCCCUUUAUCAGAGGCAUUGCCCACGCAGACUCCAUCGCCUCAACCCAGCCCUAAACACUCCCCACAGGCUCAGCUAUCUCAACCAGAUGACGUCAGCACAGUAAAACAACGCGCACCAGAAUCUGAUGUCAGCACAGUAAAACAACACGCACCAGAAUCUGAUGUCAGCACAGUAAAACAACACGCACCAGAAUCUGACGUCAGCACAGUAAAACAACACACACCAGAAUCUGACGUCAGCGCAGGAAAAGACUGCGCACCAAAACCAGAUGACGUCAGUAGUGGAAAAACUAAAGCACCAGAAUCUUACAUCAGUAAAGAAAAGGAAUGCGCACCAGAAUCUGACAUCAGUACUGGAAAAGAACGCACACCAGAAUCUACCACAGAUGGUGAUUCAGCUCGCCUCGCACCAGAGUCAGGGGCUGCUGAGAAUGUACAGCUGGUAAAUCUCCAUGACGAUGACAAUCUACAGAAUCUCCCUGGUAACAGAAACCAGAUGGCAACAAAAACCAAGGGAGGAGCCCAAGGUCAGACACUGGAAGGCUCUGUAAUGACAGUAUGGCCUGAAGAUGAACUGAGGAUUAUGGAGAACAUUCCAGAAGAAAACUUGGCCCCUGUUCAACCUUCAAACUUGAGCUCUGAACCUCUCAAGACAAAUGCCCCCUCAACUUCCAUAGAGCAAUCAGUUCAGAUACCAGCAGGCCAGACGACACACCAAGCCCCUCUGCUGCCAGAGUUUGGGCCUGCUCUAUCACAUCUGAGUGCUCUUAGGGAGACCGACAUUCUCAGUGACCAUGAGGACAUACUGACCUCCACAACCAACCAGUCAAGCACCCUGGCAUCAUCAAAAGAUGUUCAAAAGAAGCCGGCUUUGUUGGAGUCUGCGAUAUCACUGCAGACUUCCUGUGAAACAGCGGGGAAAGCCAAAGACUCCAGUGCUGGUAGGAAUGACAUGGCAACUCAACAGACAACCCCACCAGCUGACAAGGCCCUUGGUGACUUGAACGCUCAGGUUCCUAGAAAGACGCCACUGGGUGAGACUCUUCAGGAGGAGGAAGACGAGAAGAAACUGGAUGUCCGGCGUGGAGGGAAGGAAAAGAGGAAGAAAGGACGAGAGAAGGAGAAAGGGCUUGACCAGGUGGAGCCCUGGGAUGAUCUGAUGCACACUGAGUGGGUGACCAGUCCGCUACAUACGCCAACCAUUGAGGAACUGUUUGGUGAUGUGAUCAAUUCCCAUGCAACUGCCUCUCAGUUAGGUCCUGAAAUAGAACAUCUCUCCCAGGAGAAGAUACCAGAACUUUCAUCCAAGUUGACUGGAGUCUCCCAUCGAAACAAGGCAAUUGGCUCCCGUAGAAAUUCCUCACCCGUCAUCCAAUCUCUCCGAUCAGAGGGGAGACCUGAAAACUCCCAGAAUCCCCCACUGCAGUUGGCACCCAAAGUUCCAGCCUUGGCUGUCCCUGUCCCAAGGAGGAUCCAGCGCCAAGCAUCCCACGACUCCACUCUGUCUCACUCCGAUCCAUUGCGUCCCAGCUUCUCAGAGCAAAGGCCUGGAACCAAAACCUCCAGCUCUGCACUGACCCCUGCCAGUCGCCACCGUCCUUGCUCUCUUGACCUGGACCGUGACCUUGACUUUGUCUUUGACCUCCAUGGCAACAUUUCAUCUCAGCAGAGGGUCAUUAGAGAUAUUUCCAACCAGCCGACUUCUCAUCCGAAUGUUCUGGAUCUUUCCACCAUGAAAGGCCGAUGCAACCAGGUGGAACGGCGAGAUCCUAGUGGUGCUUGUUGGCAACGAGUCAGCAAAGGUGGCAGCGCCGACUUUUCUGAGGAGCUGGAGUUGUUCCUCUGCAACCCCCGGGCCCCAGCCAGACGGAACUCAGCCCCGCCUCCAGUGGGAGUGGCCUCUGUGCGAGCACCGCUCACCAUCCGGACGAGCCAGGCAAAAGCUGUGCCUGUGGUCCCACCCAAAGUCCAGUACAGCUCCAUGCCCGGCUCGGCCUCCUCAGAUCUGAAGAAGCUUCCAGAAGAUCAGAAGAAGGGUCCUGAGAAUCGGAAAGACUUCAAAGCGACAGAAGAAAAGCCACGUGGAAGCACUGCCACGGCAACCCCAGCCCCUCUUCCUUCCCCAUCCUCCCGUGCCAAGGAGGAGCGUGAAAACCGUGAGCCUGUUCCCCGGGUAACACAGUCGCCAACAGCAGCACCGGCCGUGCCAUGCUCCCCCUCGCCCACCUCCCCAGCAGACCCGCUGGUGCUCCGGAGAAAGCACUCCCCCAACGUCGAGCCCAACUACCCCGACCAGAUGCACCUCCCUCUCCCAGCCGCUUCCCUGCUCCGCCAGCGGCCCUCUUUCCGCAACCGGCCCCGACCGCAGAGCCUGGUGCUGUUCAGCCCUCCCUUCCCCAUCAUGGACCCCCCCAAUGCCCCCACAGCCCCACCUUCCUCCGCGCCACAUCACGCCUCCGCCUCUCGGCCGGAUCGGCCCCACAAUCGGACCGCAGCCGGGCUGGGCAGGGCGGCCAGCUUCUGGGACAGGCCCUCGCAUCGCCAGGAGGAGACCAGAUCCCGUCGGGACAAGACGAGCGGUCAAGCCUCAGACGUCCCCUCUAAAGACCACGUGGAUAAUUGCAAGGCGCUGACUGCUGAUGGCGGCGUGGUGCUGAGAGGCGGUUCUGCCGGGUGCAGUAAGAUGACCCUGCCCAAGAGCGGGCAGCGGCUGGAGACGUCGCCCGGCAGCUGCUUCUACCAGCCCCAGAGGCGCUCGAUGGUGCUGGACAACCGCAGCAGCCGGCAGAUCGAGUGAAGGCAAUGCAGACAGACUAUAUAUAUAUAUACCAGAAAAACACUCAGUGAGCGCAAACCUCCGCCAAGCGAAAACAUAACCGCCUCAUGGAUCCAGACGGUGAUGCGGAUCACAAAUUUAAUCGUUUCUUCCUUGGAUCAUUUCAGACCUUCCCUGAAAAUGUAAUCGAAAUCCAUCCAUAACUUAUCUUGCGAACAAACAAACAAACAAACAAACAAACAGACAGACAGACAAACAAACCCAGAUGAAAACAUUAGCUCCUUGGUGGAGGUAAUGAAUGACUGAAUGAAUGUUAAUGCAGAGAGGUUAUACGCAGAUUAAAUCGAGUGAUGUCAAUGCAGACAUUUUAUAUACAGAUUAAAUCAAGCGAAGGCAAUCCAGACAGGUUAUAUACAGAUUAGACUGAGUGAUGUCAAUGCAGACAGGUUUGCGAUAUAUAUGAAUCAGGGGAGUUUUCUAUGGCGAGAUGAUGAACUCAUAGCCAUCAACAAAUGAAGUGCUGUGGGAGCUGUAGUUACCCGGGGAAGAGGGGUGAUGCUUGGGGGGGUUGAGGAGUGGAACGACUGUAGAUCUACAACCAAUCCAGAAGCCUCAAGGAUGCGCACCAUCUCAUCAAACAUCAAUCCAGACACGCUGAAGCUGGAAAUGUCUGAGAGACGAGAUCCUGUCCUGCUAAUGACGUGUUACUGUACAAGAGUCACAGCAAGAGAACUCAUCACAGCAGUAAAAUACCCAAUCCAUCUCCCCUGGUGUGAGAAGUGAUAACCCCUGUCAGUUAUGGAGACAGCCUGACAGGCAAAUCCAUUUGACAUUCUAAACCAUUAGCAACUUAAAGCUCCAUGAAGUAUUUGAGUUCUCAGCGUGUUCUGUUCCCCUGUGACCUCAGUGUUGGGAAUUCUCAGACAGUUCUAUGUUCUGAGUCAUCAUCUAUCAUCUAUCAUCAAGAACCGGGCAUUUGUUCUCGUGAUACUGUAACGCUCCAUGGCUUCACAGGUUGGAACCGGCCUUCGCUGCUGUAACAUUAUGACGGAGGAUCGUAGAAGUGCUGCGGCAGGCACGUUAGCGAGAUGUCAGGUUAUCGUUCAAGAACAGAGUCAGCACCACUCACCCUCUCACAGAGAGUUCAUCUCAAUGCAAGCUUUACUUGUACUGGAAUAUGCCAUAUGGAUGCUGUUUGUAUGAAUAUGUAUAUGUAUGUAUGUAUGUAUGUAUGCCUCUACAGUAUGUAUGCUGGUUAUGGGGAUAGAGGCACUUUACUGAGGAAUCAGAGUCCCACCCCCUCCAGAGACCUACAGAUUAAGCUGAACUGGAGAGCAGGACUGGACCUUGACUAGGUGAAGUUAGAAGGAAGACAGAAAUUGAUAGAGAGAGAGAGAGAGAGAGAGAGAGAGAGAGAGAGAGAGAGACUAGAAAGUGUGUAAACAGAGUAAGAGGAAGAUAACGACCCAACACAUUCACUACUGCGCCAGCCUCACUACAUACGCACUGACAUAUAACCCUGAUAAAGGGGUCAUGUUUUGUCUGCCAGUCAUUAUCGGAAAAUAAGUGCCGACUUUGGGAACUGGGAACAGGACCCUGAUGGGGGUGGUGGCAAAGUAGUGGUUAAGGAGCUGGGCUAGCGUGCAGCAGCCUGAAAGUUGUCGGUUCAAUUCCCGGCUUCCACGGUUGUGCCCUUGAGCAAGGCGCUUAACCCCAAAUUGCUCUGGGAACAAUGUAUGUAAUGCCUUGUAAUAUAGUUGACAUACUGUAUGUAAGUCACUUUGGACAAAAAGUGCCUGCUAAAUGUAAUGUCUAGUGGGGGGUCAUGCUUUGUCCUGAAGGGAAUUAUUUUUCUAUAAUGACCGGCAGACAAUAUGUUGUCCCACUUAUUAUGCGGCUACUUGGCAAAAUGAGAAAAGAAACUUCACACAAUGUCUUUUUAAAAUAAUUUUGUUACCGUUUUAGAGCUUCUGCAGAGAAACUCAUUUUUCAUUGCGAUAAGUGAACAGAAUAAUAUCAAAGAUGUGAAUCAGAAGCACAAAACCUGUUGCCACUGACAACAGUCAGCGGUCGAAAUAUCGGACCUCCAUACAUUGGUAAGGUCCGUUCAUGCUGUUGGAACUCUCUGCAUAAUUUUGAAGAAGCCGUAUAAUAAACUCACUACACACAGAUUAUCCAAUAACCCUGCUAAAUGCUUACAUCACAACCCCAAACACACUACAGACACACUGCCACGCAACCCUGCUAAAUAACAUACUAAUAUGUGCUGUACGAAAUCCUAGGCUGUAGUUUGCUCCCCUACACAGUCGGUCAGUAGGAGAAUCAGAGAGAUGCGUUUUGCUGUAUGAAAUCCUAGGCUGUAGUUUGCUCCCCUACAAGACAACGUUUUCAGGACUGACUCCAACUCCCAGAAUGCCUCUCACCCCUACGCCUCUGACGCCAAUACUGAGAAUGCCUCUCGCCCCUACAGCAUUGACUCCAACUCCCAGAAUGCUUCUCGCCCCUUCAGCACUGACUCCAACUCCCAGAAUGCCCCUCACCCCGAAAGUACUGACUCCCACAAUGCCUCUCGCCCCUACAGCAGUGGUGAUGGAGUUCUGGUGAGCAUCUGCUCAAGGCUACUGAAUGAUGUCCCUCCUCUCGGGUAGUUUCAUCAGGGCACACAGUCUGGUUUGGAUGCCUAUCAGAGGAGAUUGCCGGGAGAGAGCUUUCAUGUGUGGGUAAACUACAGAGAGGGCGCCACCCUUCAUGCAGUGUGAUAAAACCACCAGCAGAGGGCAGUGGUAAGGUGACUCAAGCGCAAGGUAAACACGGCAGAAGCUUGGGCUGUCGUUUGGGUUGAGUUUGGGUGGAAAAACACAGAACGGAUUAGAAAUGGUCUGGUCCUGAACCAUCCUGGACUUGAAUCUGUGUAUGGGGGGCAGACAGAUUAGGAAAGAAAAAACGUGCAGUCAGGGCAGGGUGAGAGCUGAUGUGGUGAGCGUCCCUUUCUGUGCAGCUGGGUCCCUGUGUGUGCUCUGUAGAGGCUCUGGCUGAAGCUGUCCAGUGGACAGAUACAUAGUGACCCUCCAGGGAUUCUCAAAUGGGCCCAAACUCCGUCUGUAUGGUGCUGGACGUGAGACUGUGUGCACAGUUUCACACACACACAGAUUCAUGGGUAUAAUAAGCUGCUAGUGGCUCUGAAACACUGAAGUAUUACUGGACAGAACUCUAAAGUGAGGCAUUAUGUAAUUGGCUAAUGAAUUUAGCCAAUUUACGCACAUUUGCAGGCUUAGGGCAGUGUGAUACACAAGUGAAGUCAGCACAGUCUGAGGUCAGUCUGUGUUGCUUCCCAUACCAUCCCCCCCCACCCCCCCAUCCACCAACUAUGUUGUACAUACUGAAAGGCAAUAACACAUAACUAAAUGACAGCCUUAAAUCAUGGCAUAGCUGUUCUCCUGUUCUAACACACACACACACACACACACACACACACACACACACACACACACACACACACACACACACACACACACACAACUAAACAACUGUGUGGGUUGAUGGAUGUUUUGAACGUUGACUAGUGAUUCAGGGUGGUUUGGCGUUUGGGCACUGAGAUGGUUUCACGUGUGGAGACGUGGAUAGGAGAUGGAGGUGCCAUUUUAUCCUCCCCGAUGAGGAGCCUGAUUGGAGGGCCGAGCUUGGGGAGGAUGGCCCUCGCAGGAACAAAAAAAUCUCAGGCUUCCCACAAACAGCGCUACGGUCUGCAGGGUCCAGAAAACUGACACUCUGCCAACGUCUCAUUAUCAGACGACUUUUGCUUAUUCUUUGAUCUUAUUUUGUCACUGCUUCGGUUGUGCCUAUGUCAGGCAGUAUUUCUAGUAUUCCACAUGUACAGCUGUGUACAAAGUUAUAUUUGAUUUAUAAACUUUUCUUUUGGCUGGCCUGGAAUUAUAAUCCACAGGAUUUGAUUUAUAGCCUUCACAUAUUAAAUUUAUGGAUACAUGUUCUGUGUCCUUACCUCAUUGAUAAAACUGGACAAAUGUCUCAUCAAGCAGAUUUUACAGACAUGUGUAUUUGAGUUUUAUUUGUUAUCGUUAAAGUUGUAUUUUAAUUCUCAGCAGCUACAUAGUAUUGCUGAGCUGAGUCAAACAUGUUUGGAGCAAAACAAAGAUGAUUACUCUUAACUGGAAAGCCAUAACAAUUAAAACAGAACAGCCAUUUUAGACUUUUAAAUGUGUUUAUCAAGUUCUAACUGUUGUCACUUAUCUAAAAGUGGCUACUGUUUGUGUUAAUAAAAUCUGUUUAAUAAAUAAUAAAGAACUCUAUGUAUAUUAGCAAUGUACCUGUCAAUCACUCAAUUUCUACCGUACUUCUACUCUCUCUCUUUCUCUUUCUCUC